GAACAGACCUCGGCAGCGCAGGCCAGCUGCGCGGGAAUCUCGCCUAACCCUUGGAUGGGCUUUUCGUGAAAAAAGAGCUCGGCUUUUCCAACCCACACAGCCCCAAAAUCCUUCUGUCGCAGCGAGCGAUGCCUGUGCGUGCAAAUAGCCGAGCUCACAGCGAUGAAAGGGCCUCAAUCCGUGUUAGCACUUACCUGUGGGGUGGGCAUAAGGAGGGGAGAGAAGGAAAAAAAAAAAAAGUAGUUCCUUAGAGAACCUGCAGAGAUGCUCUCGCCCAGGCACAGGCCACAGCUCAGGAAGGUCCAGUUUGCAGACCUGGGCAUCCAGGUUCUCCUACGAGGCUGCUGCUCUGACAGCCCCGAGGCAGCGGCUUUGCUCCGGGCUGCGCCGGCCCCGCUGAACCGGCCACCUCGUGUCGUGGGGAGGCAGCCUGGAUCCUCCUCCGCUGCCCUCCGACUGCGGCUGACGCUCCACGUGCCUGCUGAGAACAAGCACAUGAAAACCUGGUUACAGCAGCUGGGUACAAGAAGGGUUCAAAAGGUGCUGAAAGGUGCCUCCUGCCUCUUUUUUUUUCUUCUUAGCAUCAGCCCACAUCUCGCCAUGGGGGGAGCUGAGUCACUGGCAAUGUCUGCAAUAUUAUCAGGGCCAAAGCAAUAGCCCUAACGGGCCUUAGGAGAAGCCCACCUACGUACUAACAAUGCGCCGCUUCCCUGUGGUUACAGAGCAAAAUGGCUCAGGACAUGACGGAGAAGGAGCUGCUGAAGAUGGAGCUGGAUCAGCUGAAGAAGGAGGUGAAGAACGAGCGGCAAAUGGUGAGUUUUUCACCCCAAAUGCCAAGGGGCCGUUUGCCAGGGCAACUGCGUGACCUGAUCACGCUGCAAAGGCAAAAAACCCACCACGACCCCUCCAUGGCGGGCGAGGACCCGCUGCUGAAAGGGGUUCCCGAGGACAAGAACCCCUUUAAGGAGAAGGGCGGCUGUACAAUAAGCUGACCCCCCGCUGCUGUCACCGCCGGGCACAGGGAUGUUCCCACGUGCAAGCCAGGACUGUCAGAAACCUGCUUUCCCUGUAGUCUGAGCCCAGCGCUGGGGAGCCCAGGACCAAAGCGUAGCGCGUCUAAAGGACAGCAAAUGGAAAAAAAGAAAAAAAA